UGCUGUGAUUUGAAUGAGUAAAACGAACUCAUUCAAAUCAGUUUAUUAAGUCGCAUCUGUUAGAUUUGCAACAUUUGGGAAACACCGGUGUUUUAUUCACUCUGUGGACGCGCGUGUUCUCCCCCACUCUGUGACUGUCGACGCUUCCUCUUUAAUGUGAACCACUAAGGACGGGAGAGUCGGGGAAGAGGGAGCGCAGAGGGAAAGGGCGAGGCGCACAAGAAGCUUUUAGUAUGCGCUGCAAUGCCCAACUGCAGCCCACUCAUCUCAACUAUGGUGAAUUACGGUGAAAUAUGAGAAAUUAGAAGGCGAGCCGGCGGUUCAAAAACAGAUGGUCGUGAUGAAAAAAAACCCAUAGCCGCUGUUGUUGUUGGUCAAACCAAUGCUGAGACGGACAGAUGCCAAGGAGCAGAAGAACGACCGGAAGGCAACUCAAAAGAAGAAACUAACUGGAUAAAAAUUCAUGCGUCUGCGCAACAAGACAAUCCCGUCCCACUGCCGCCUUGAUGCAGAGGCAGAGUCAUCUGGGGACUGAUAACCCUUCAAAAACGAGCCCGUCUAUCAGAGGGGGCUUACUUUGGACCAAACUCAUCACCUGAGCCAUUGUCAUCAAGCUUUUUGCAGGCAGAGGUGCCUGUGCCCGAUCCCAUAAGUGCAAAGAAGGUUCACAUCCAGCCCACUGUGGCCCCAUCCUGUCUGAAAGCUGCAGGCCCCAUCUUCCUCCACCAUGAAGGUUGCCACCAGCGACCCUGCAGAUGAAGCAGCGACGCACUCAGGUCAGCCUCAUGACCAGUAUGACCCAGAGCCAGACCAUGAGUGUUGCGAGAGGGUUGUCAUCAACAUUUCAGGCUUGCGCUUCGAGACGCAGCUGAAGACCCUAUCUCAGUUUCCAGAUACACUGCUGGGGGAUCCCAAGAAAAGGAUGAGGUAUUUUGAUCCCCUCCGGAAUGAGUACUUCUUCGACCGGAACCGGCCAAGUUUUGAUGCCAUCCUGUAUUACUACCAAUCUGGUGGGAGGCUUCGCCGGCCUGUCAAUGUGACUCUGGACAUAUUUUCUGAGGAAAUCCGAUUUUAUGAGUUGGGUGAGGAGGCUAUGGAAAUUUUCAGAGAAGAUGAAGGUUUUAUAAAGGAAGAGGAGAGACCGCUGCCAGAAAAUGAGUUUCAGAGACAAGUGUGGCUUCUGUUUGAAUACCCAGAGAGCUCGGGUCCAGCUCGAAUUAUUGCCAUCAUUUCCGUCAUGGUGAUUCUUAUAUCGAUUGUAAGCUUCUGCCUGGAAACACUGCCACUUUUCCGAAGUGAAGAUGAGGAGAUGUACAAUUACCCGCUGCAUUCCAUGUCCAACUCCACCUCUACAUACGACCCCUCGACAUAUUUUACAGAUCCUUUCUUCAUUGUGGAGACCCUCUGUAUCAUCUGGUUUUCUUUUGAGUUCCUCGUUCGAUUUUUUGCCUGUCCAAGCAAAGCUGGAUUUUUUGGUAACAUUAUGAACAUCAUAGAUAUUGUGGCAAUCAUUCCAUACUUCAUCACCCUGGGCACAGAGCUUGCGGAAAGGCCAGAGGAUAGCCAGGCUGGCCAGCAGGCCAUGUCCUUGGCCAUCCUCCGUGUCAUCCGUCUCGUGAGGGUGUUUCGCAUCUUCAAACUCUCACGUCACUCUAAGGGUCUCCAAAUCUUAGGACAGACACUGAAGGCCAGUAUGCGUGAGCUGGGCCUCUUAAUCUUUUUCCUGUUUAUUGGUGUAAUUCUCUUCUCUAGUGCUGUCUACUUUGCAGAAGCAGACGAGCCACAUUCACAGUUUAGCAGCAUCCCUGAAGCAUUUUGGUGGGCAGUGGUUUCCAUGACCACUGUAGGCUACGGAGACAUGGUGCCGACCACUAUCGGAGGAAAAAUUGUGGGCUCUCUCUGUGCAAUCGCUGGUGUGCUGACUAUUGCCUUGCCCGUGCCUGUCAUUGUAUCAAAUUUUAACUAUUUCUACCACAGAGAGACAGAGGGUGAGGAACAAGCGCAGUAUCUGAAUAUCCCAAGUGUGCCUAAAGGCAAUUCUGCUGAUGAUCUGAAGAAGAGUGGUCGAAGUGGGAGCGGAUCCACCCUCAGUAAGUCUGACUAUGUUGAGAUCCAGGAGCCCGUUAACCACAAUACUGAGGACUUCAGACCAGAGGGCAAAAAUACAGGAAACUGCACUCUGGUCAAUACUAAUUUCGUAAAUAUCACUAAAAUGCGAACAGAUGUAUAAUGUGACUUGCAAUGGAAGGUCAAACAUUGUGAGUAUUGCAGAAAGAUGAAUUUAUGUCUCCCUCUGCUCAUGAAUUAUAGUACCAAGGAUAAAAACGCAGAACAAGGUGAGAGCAAGAUGAACUCACACAAACAGUAGAUGGAGAAGACCUCGUGUUCUCCUAUCACACAGAAUAAACAGUGCACUUUCCAGAACUGCCAGUCAUCUUGUUUAGGACAUUCUCAUGUCUGCAUGGAGUUAGUCUUAUACAGUAGAAAUAGUUUGUAACAGUGGUUGUCCUGCUUGCAUCAGUAGCCAACUAGUAGCCUAAUAAAUAAUAAUUCAUUAUUGCAACAAAAAGGGACCAGUAGUACAGGUCCCUCUAAAAAAAUUUGCAUAUUGUGAUAAAGUUCAUUAUUUUCCAUAAUGUAAUGAUAAAAAAUAAACUGUCAUAUAUUU